UACCAGUUUUUGUAAAUCUGUUCCGAUUAUAAAGUACGAUCGCGAUCAGAAACACUUCAGUGCUGUGACGAACGUUGCAAAAAUUUUGCGAAAGAAAUAUGGUUCACACGCGUGUUCUACUUUCGGUUCUCGUGCUUACCUGGACGACGGGAUCUCAAUCAGUGACAACGUACAGAUGUGACCCGAACAGACUACCCAUAGUGGCAACGUGCUUAGUGAGAAAUGUCACCUUAACUUCUGAAGCGGACAUUUUAAACGCCUACUUCCCGAAUGAUAUGCGUUACGUGGCACUAUCGAUGGUGGAUGGAUUUGUGCCGGAAUUUACACGAGCGCUUGCACUAAAGCUCCCUACAGUGCAAGAUCUUAAUGUAGAUGCAAUGGGGAUUACUAAACUUUAUAUUUGGAAAACUAUAGAAGUAAUAGCUGCCCGAAACAACUCCAUUCGUGAGGUACUGUUUGAUGCCGAGCACCAUCAAUUACGGUCACUGCAACUGGACGAUAAUCGGCUGAGUAAAGUGCCCCCCUUCGGAAAAUGGUUCAACGAGCUAAAGCUUCUGUCAUUGGACGGUAAUCGAUUAGAGCAAGUAACGCUAGAUUCUUUCGCCGAAAUGGAACAUCUUCAAAGCCUAUCCCUUGCACGCAAUGGAUUAAUUAGAGUUGAACCUGCUUUACGUGUGGCAAACCGUCCCGUUCAGGGCGUGCAGCUUUUGAAGCUGAAGCAUUUUUCUUUAGCAUCAAAUCAUCUUUUGACGGUAAACAUUAGUGAAUGGGAGAUGCCUUCGCUGGUAUCACUAGAUUUAUCCAAUAACGAUCUAUACAUGCUGUUAGAUGAACCACGCCAAUUCCGCCAUUUUGGUGCAUUGCUGAACGUAUCCUAUGCCGGCAAUGAUUGGAACUGCGAGUGGCUUAGCGAGGCACAGCUUGUGCUGCAUGAGCAGGGCAUAGCGACACCUGCACAAGACUUGGCCGACCGGUGUGAACGGGAAAACAUGAAAAAACUUAAAGGCAUUUGUUGCUACGAUCAUGCGUUCGAACAAAAACUCGCACAGGAUCCAUUCGAAAGCCGAUGGGAGCAGUUAAAUGAGCUAAGGAGGCGUUACGAGCUGGUCCAGUUUGCUUACGAUCAGGUGGAAGACAAUGACCUCAACCUGAUCACCGAGCAAGCUCACGAACUGCGUGGCAAAUUGGUGGGACCUGUUGCGCAGGAACAGGACGUGGUCAAGAGUGAAUUGUUACGCCUACAGCACGCGUUAGCCAACGAAAACGCUCAUCUUCAGCGUCUGCAAGAUGAGAUCGAGCGCACCGUACACGACCUGGGCCAGUCGAUCGAUGAGCUACAUGAACGUGCUGUACGUCCCAAACCAACGCUGGAUGCGGUACAUCACCGGAUGACCGGUGUCAGUAUUGAGGGUAUACGGGAUCAAAUUGAGUUCCUGCGGCACCACAUACAUGACUAUGUGUAUAAGAUUAGUGAGCGUGAAAAACGUUUACGCCAGUACGACGUACAGAUCAAGCAGCUGGAGGUACAACUGGUUGAGCUGAAAGAGCUGCAGCAAUCCCUUGCCGAAUGGACAACCUCUAUAGCAACUCCUGUGUAUAAGGCUAAUCAGAUAUUGGAUAGCAUUAAGCCAAAAUCGGAGGAAGCAUUUAACCAAAUUCGAACACUACGAAAUGGUGAUUAUAUAUACUCAUACCGUGGAUGAACAGAUCAAAACGUUUCAGUUGGUCGUAUGUGUUUUGUUCUGUGCUUCUUUUACUUUUAAAUAAAACUUGAAGACAAUGUGUUAUAAUA